AGGGGUGGGGGUGAGCACAGCUUUGGAAGCCAGUACCUCUCCCUGCGGUGAAAUCAGCCCUGCCUCAUUCCACAUUCCUUUUGCACUCCCCACUUUAAGGUCACUCUCUAGCAUUCUUUAUACGGCAAGAAAGCUUGUUUUCCCCCAGGCUCUUCUCUUUCUGGUCCAAGUUUUCUUUUUCUAGCUAGAUCCUGAUCUUACACUUCUCCCACUCAGGCCUCCUGCUUUCCUUUUGCUCUCUAAGCUCGGUGAUGGGCUGGCUCUCCCUUUCGUGCCCAGAGUCUAUUCUGUCUCCCCUCCAUGAGCACAUGUGAUGUACAAGGGUCGCUCCACCGGCCGUCCUGGGGAAUGGAAACUGAACUGACUGGUAGCACACUGGAAGGCUUGGCCGUGCCAGGUGGUGUUCAUGUGGUCUCCCCUGAUGUCUCAGUCUAGGGGAAGCAGUAGGAGCAGGCCCAGGGCAGCUGUAGCCUGGAGCGCCUGGAACUCUGUCCAGCAAGGUGGAGGGGUAUUCUGACUUACAGAGGUUCUUCCCCUUCUCUCUCUUCCUGCCUUGGGGUUUCCUUUGGAAAGUCAGGUCUUAUGUGAUACAGCCAGUGACUUCCCCAUCAGCAGUCCUUCAACCUUUCAGUACUCUUAGCUAGGGCCCAUCACAGGGUGUUGGUAACCAGGCCCCGGGACUCUUUGCACUGUGGGGCUGAAGACUCCAUUCAUUAAUUCUUUUGUUCAUUCAUUCAACAAACAUGCAUUAAGUGCCCACUGUGUGCAAAGCACUGGCCUGGGUACUGGAAAGGAUACAAGGUAGAGAAAAGACUUUAUCUCUGCUCUUGGAGAGCCUACAUACAGUCUUUUAGGGAGGAUGACAGGAACACAUAAUAGAAUACAAUAUGGCACACACUUUGAUUUGUCAGAAGGUACAAAACAAAGUGCCAUGUGAACUCAGAGAGGGAGAUUUUUACUGGCUGGAGGAUUCUAACAAGAUCCAUUUGAGUUGUGCUUUAAAAUCAAAGUGGUGAAGAGGGCAUUCCAAGCAAAAGGAAUAUGAGCAAAGACAUGCCAGGCAAAGGAGUAUGAACUAUACUUGGAAGGCACUAGGGAGCCACUGAUGAUUUUUGAGCAGAGGACCGACAUGUAUGUAUGAGAAAGAUUCUUCUGGCAGCAGUUCAAAGGAAAGAUUGGAGGAAAGAGGAAACUGAGGCAGUCAGUCCUAUAAAAAGACAAUAUUGUUCAUGUUCAGGAAGGUGGGUAAGGAAUAAGGUGGGGCAGAGAGAAGGAGGUGGGGCCAGAUGUGUUGGAGAUGGAAUUGAUAGACACUGCUAACUAACUGGAGGUUAGGGAUGAGGAAGAGGGAAGGGUUCAAGCUAACUCAAAGGUCUUGAACAUGAAAAGCUCAGUGAAGGUGGCAUAUGAGAAAUAGUGAAGCCAGAAGGAAAGAUAAUGAGCUCCAUUUGAGGUAGGUUGAGUUUGAGACAGCAACGGGGUAUUGGUGGGCAUAUCCUGUGGGCAGCUGGAGAUUCAGGUCUAGAACCCAGAAGAAGUUGAGAUUAAGGAUAUAGAUUUAGGAGUCAUCUUUGUAGAGGUGGGAGCUGAAGCCACAGGAGUGAGUGAGAUGGUCAAGAGAGAGCAUGAAGAGAGAAAAGGGCUGAAGAUAGACCUUCGGGGAAGGCCAUCAGUAAGGGGUCAGGAAGAAGAGGAGGAAUAAACAAAUAGGAAUCAUGGUGGGAGGAAAAGAGGGAAGCAAGCAGACAAGGAGCAGUUAGAGGUAGCAAGAGAGUUAGGGGAUCUCUGAAGCCAAGGAAGGAGAGAGUAUGCAUCAGAAAGAGGCGGGCAAUAGUAUCAAAGGUGAAGAGAGGCCAAGGAAGAUGGGAGCCGGAAAAAAAGGGGCCAUUAGAUUUGGUGGCUUUGAAACAAAAACACAGUGUCAGUAGGGUGGUGAGAAUGAAAGCUAGAUUGCAAAGUAUUGGAUGGGUAGUAUGGAAAUAAAGGCAAUCUUCUCAAGGUUAGGAGUGAAGGGAGGAAGAAGUAACAAUAGCAUGAUAGAUGGAGAGGAUUGAAGAGAUCUGAGCAUGUGUAUAGAUUGAUGAGAAGGAAACAGUGGGGAGGGAGAGAUUGAAAAGACAUGGGAGUUAUGGGAUAAGCGCUGGAGCAAAUCCUUCAGGAGGCUGGAAGAAAUGAAAUCAUAGGACAAUAGAGAAUACGGCCUCCUCCUUUUACCAAGGAGGCACCUGAGUCCUAAACAGCUUAAAUGACUUGUCCAAGGUCACAAAGUGCUCUAGUGAAUAGCAGAGCCAGGAUUCGAAUCCAGGUCUUCCGAUGCCAAAUCCAGAAUUCUUUUCACUGCUCCAUAAUGAUUCAUCAGAUUGAGGGUAAGGGUAGAAAGAUGUUUGAUCUUAAUGAGUGGUAGGAAUAACUUUCCAUCUGUGAUCAGAGGGAGGAGGAGGAGGAGAGAGUGGGUGAUGAGGCACAGAACUUUUGAGGAAAGAAGGAAAGAGAUUCAGGGGGUGCUUGUCUGAUGUCACCAUUCUCAGUGAAAUAGGACUGUCUAGGCCCCAGUUUUAGAGAGGCCUCCACCCACCCUCACACUCAAGAAAGAAUUGGCAUCAGCAAUCAUAGCUGUCCUAACUUUCUCUCCUAGGGGGAGACAGUGCUGUUUCAUGAUUAGUAAUCUGUCACUUCCCUUCUCGGGGCCUCAGUUUCCUCAUCUGUAAAAUGGAUUAGCUAAUAUCUUAGACCUCUUCCAGUUGUGACAUUCUGUAAUUCUUUGACUGCAGGAAAACGGAAGCAGACAAAAGCACAGAAAUGCCCAAGUCCACAGCUCCCUGGCAUCUGAUGACAAUGUCGAUAAGAUGUCUGCUCCGGUGGAGGCCCAGAGCUCUGGGUGCAGCUCCCCACUGCCUUCGGCAGACAGGUCCUGGACUCAAAGCGAGUGGCAGGCCUGGUACCUGGACGUGAGAGCCCAGGUGUCGUCACUGCGCUGUGGGCUGGAAGUGUUGGAACAGCAGCUACCCCAGCCUCUAGCUGGAUCCUAUACCCCACUUAAGACUGCCAUGGGUAACCCAGCAUCCAGACCCAGCUGCCUGGGGGAGAAGGGCCACCGCUCGGAAGAGUUUCUGAAGGGUCAAGGGGGCAGCACUGGGCCAGGGCCAGGGCCUGGAUCUGGAGCUGGCCUCUGUCACCCCCCCAUCCCACCACCUCCUGCUGCCCCCCUUUCGCCAGGGAGCCCAUGGGCCUGGAGGGCCCAUAGUACUCGGGAGGUGACAGAAGUGACAGAGGUCACAGAAACAGUGGUGACAGAAAUCGUGGAGGUAACACGCUACCCAGGGGGCAGGCAGCCCACAGUCACCCGAACAGUGACCAUGCUGAGUGAGAGUGCCGGACCACUUGCCCCGGCACCCCAGUGGGCAGCCCUCCCUCCUGCUGAACCCCCUGAGCCCCCUGAUUCUCUCCAGAGCUGGCUGGAUGACAUGGAGGAACUACAGUCAGGACAGGGGCCCCCAGCAGCUGAGGUUAAGGUAGCCAAUGCCCAGCUGCAGGAGCAAAAGCUCCUGAAACGGCUGCUAGAGGAGGGCAGACCCCGCAUGGAGCGGCUCCUCCAGGACAGUCAGGAACAACCGACUGAAGGAGGCCAAAGUGAAGAGAGGGAAACCCUCACUAGGCUCCAGAAACAGUGGGACCAGCUGACGCAGAAGGCAGAGGCCAGGUGGAGGCUCCUUGAACAGUUAGUACCUGCAGCUCGGAGUUUCCAAGCAGCCCGUGAUACCUUUGUGGCCUGGCUGAGUCCUGUUGAGAGGCUCCUGGCUCAGCUCUGGUGGGAGGAGCCUGGGACUGGCCCCCUCCGGGGGGCCCUGGAGCAGGUUCAGGGUUUAUGUGAGGAAGUCCGGCAGAAGUCAUCAGACAUGGAGAUCGUUCGAGAGACGGGUCAGAGGCUCCUGGAACUGGUGGUGGGGGAAGAGGCCCAGCUGGUACGGGAGCAGCUCGAGGAGCUGCGGGUGAGGUUGCUGCUGGCUGGACAGAGUGGGGCCCAUAUCAGACUGCGGCUGGAGCAGACUCUGGAGGCGGCCACUCGACUGCGGCCAUCUGGAGAGCCACCACCGCCUGCAGCCUGGCUGGGAAGGCUGGAGCAGGCAUGGGCAGCAGAUGAGCCUGGCGAGCAGGAAGACAGAGAGCAGUUGCGGAAAGCCAUAGAGGAGGAACUGGGUCGCCUGGACAUGCUUGGCAAGCGGGUGGAAGAGCUGAAUGGAGUGACCCUGGAGGCUUCUGCACUUCAGGCCCAGCUGGGCCAGCACAAGCUGCUGGCUGCGGAACUCUUGCAGCAGCAGGAGUUAAGGACCCGCCUCCUGGGACUCUUGGGGGCUGGAAUUCCCAGCCUCUGCCCCUCUGAGGAAAAAGAACAACUAGAGGAAGAACUGGAGCUCCUUCGAAGUCGAGCUCAGGAGGUACAACAAAACAGUACUGCAGGAGUGCUGUGCCGGGAGCGGGCCCUGUCCCUGCUAGCCCAGUUUGCAGAGGCCCAGGGUGAAUUGGCCCCAUGGCUGGAAGAGGCCCAGGACAUUGUGGCCCAUCUCAACCCUCAUGCAGCUGCUGGCAGCCCUGAGUCCUGCAGAGAGCAGCAGGAACUGCUACAGCAUCUGCGAGAGGCUAUUGCAGAGCACAGACCCCUGGUGGGGAAGCUGCAGCGGGUGUUCAUGCAGCUGAAGGACCUAAAUCCAGGCCACAGCACACCCUUCCAGGAAGCCUGGAGGGCCGCUGAGGAAGAGUUGGGGGCCCUGAGGGCCCGAGUGGACAGCGUGGCAGCCACUCUGGGGCAGACUGUGCCCCAGUACACUCAGCUGAGCGAAAGGCUGGCCCGGUUGGCAGAGCAGUUAGAACAACUGGCCCGGAGAGUGGAGAACGUGGGGACUGUGCGGGCUGAUGCCCAGCGCAUCCGGGAGCAGCUUCGGGAGCAGAGCCUGCUGCUGAAUGAGCUAGAGCCCGUGGGAGCAGCACUGGACACUGCCCGGGCUCGAGCCCAGGAACUGGGGGCUGGGGUCACUGGGACCCUGGAUGAAAGCCCCGAGGCUGGGCUAGGGCCUCGAGCAGUGCUUCAGGCUGAGGCAGAUCGCUUAUGGGACCGCUGGUCAGGGAUGCAGGCUGCAGCCCAGGAACGGGCCAACUGGCUGCGGGUUGUGUUAGCGCUGGCCGAGCAGUUCUGGCAAGGCCUAGCUGACUUGGCCACCAGUCUGGCUGAUACCCAACAUCUGGUGCUGCAUAUGGAGGACGCAGGGCCAGAGCCUGAAGGCAUCCGGAGCAGGCUUAGUGCCAUGCAGGCAUUGAGAGAGGAGGUAGAUGGACUACAGAGUGAGCUGGAUGCCCUGGGAGCCCUUGGCCUGGAACUUCUGUCUGCCUGUGGGGAUGGGGACCGGCCUGAGGUGACGCGAAGCAUGGAUGAGCUCUAUGCUUCCUGGCACAGCCUGAGUCGUGUGUGGACUGAGCGUCACCGGCAUCUUGAGGAGCAGCUUCAGGAUGCUCUCAGCUACCAGGAGGCCAUGCAGAGGCUCCUGGCUUGGCUGGAAGGAGCUGAGUUACGGCUGGGUCAAGACUUCCGCGUGGGGGGUACCUUGGAGCUGGCAAAGCAGCAGCUGGAGGAGCUAAAGGAUUUCAAGCGGGAGCUCUAUCAGAGCAGGGUAGAGGUGGAAAGUUUGAGGCACCGUCCUGCCCCAGGGGGUCCAGAAGACCCCAGUCCUCCACCUCUACUGGGGGACUUCCGGCUACGCUGGGACCACUUGGAGCAAGAAACCGGGAGUCGGCAGCAACAAUUAGAAGCUGCGCUGCUGGGCCUGGGGCAGCUGCAGCCACAGCUGGAAGAGUUGGUACAGUGGUUAGGCCACACGGCCGAGCAGCUUCAGGGAGCACCAGCUGUGGUCAGCCUGGAUCUGCCCAGCUGUGAGAUUGAGCUGGCCAAGCUCCAGGUGCUGCAGAAUGAUGUGCUGUCCAGGGCGCAGACGGUUCAGUCAGUGAGUGAGGCAGCUCAAGGGCUGCUCCAGGCAGGGCUCGGGGAGGCUGAGGCAGGACUCCGGGCUGCCCUUCAAACCCUGGACCAGCGCUGGGAGGCCGUUCAAGGAGAGAGUCGGAGCCGGCAGCUACAGCUGGAGAACAGCCGGGCCCAGUUGCAGGAUGUCGAGCUAGGGAUGGCAGAAUUGCUUCAGUGGCUGGAGCAGGUGGACUUGGGACUUGUUCUCAUCAAACCAUCCUGGGGACCCCCGGACCCGCCCCAGGAGAGACUGGCUCGGCACCUGGAGCUGUGCCGGGAGCUAGAACAGAAGCAGCCGGAAUAUGAGGGUCUGAGACAGCGCCUAGGCAGGCUGCUCCCGCCCCAACCGUUGUCAGGACCCCGGCCUCCUCCUCGACCUGUGGGCACUGAACACAGCCUGCGGCUGCUGGAGCAGACUUGGGAGCGUGUGGCCGCUCGGGCCCAGGAACGGAAGGUGUGGCUCUCUGAAGGCCUGGCACUCACCACGGAGUUUCACCAGCGACUGCAGGCACUCUUGCGCUGGGGGGCACGAGUAGAGGAGCACCUUGGGUCCCUGCCACCCCCCAGCCUUGUUUUGGACACAGUCCUGGCCCAGCUGCAGGAGCACAAGGUGCUGGCCCAGGAAGUGGCAGUGCAAGGGGAGAAACUGGGUGCCCUGGAGGUGGUGGCUGGAAGGCUGAGGGGCUUUAGCCCAGAGCAAGACUGUGCUCUUAUCCAGAGCCUGGUGCUCAGCACCCAGGAACGUCUAGGCCGAGCUAUUCAAAGGAUAGGUGAUCGUGGCACAGCCCUGGAAGAGGCUCGAAGAAGGGCUAAGCAGUUUACAGAGUCCCGCCAGCUACUCCUUGACUGGCUGGAUGAAGUGGAGCCCACACUGAUGCUGCCUGGAGAUGUGGCCCUGAGCCAAGAGGAGAUCAAAGAACAGCUGAGUCAACAUAAGGAAUUCCAGCGAGAGCUUCGGGGCAAGCGGCCAGUGUUUGAGGCCACGCUGCGGGGGGGCAGGGCACUCCGAGAAGGAGCCCUGUUCCUGAUGAUGCUGCACCCCUUGACCUGCUGCUGGCUGAGCUCCGGGGCCGUUGGGAGGGUAUCUGCAGCCUUGCUCUGGACAGACAGCAUGCCCUGGAAGAGGCCCUGCUCUUCUCAGGCCACUUUGCAGAUGCCCUGCCUGCACUCAUGGAUUGGUUGUACCAGGCUGAGCCCCAGCUGGCAGAGGAGGGACCUGUGGCAGGGGAUCGUGAUCUGGUCAACCGUCUCCUGGACCAACACAAGGUGUUCCAGAAGGAGCUGGGCCGAAGAGCGGGCUGUGUCCGCCUCCUUAGGCGCUCCAUCCGGGAGCUGACCCAGGCCAGCAGCAGUGCUGACUCCCAGUGGCUACAUCGACAGAUGGAAGAGCUGGGACAGCGAUGGGAGCUCGUGUGUCACCUCUC